UAAAGAUGCAUUGCAAAUUUUCCAAUGCUGUGUCACUCAUAAUGAUAAAUCCGAAUAGGAAAGUGGAUUUUCUGACCUCGACAGUGACUGACAAAGGAUAUCAUUUUUUUGUACAAAGCGCACGAUUAUAAUGCCUGGUGUAGGGACUGGCGGCGAAUUACAGUUUGGUAGCUUCAGCUAUCUUAGUUUUUGACUUCUAGCGUUGUGGAAAUAUGUAAGUCGUGUGAUGUCCUGCAGAUGCAUGCUUGUAUCGGAAAGAUUUAGCAAAGCAUACGCGUAAUAAGCCGAAGGGGUUAGUUUGGCCAACGAUCCCCAUUGUUCUCCGGAGUUGUUUACGCCAAGCAGUGGUCAUUCCAGAUUGCUAGCGAGAACGCUAGCAAUCUAGCCACAGCAGUUAAUCAAGUCGCUCUGUGUAUAUAGAACAUUUGUAUUACACAGUGACAGGCAUACGCAGUCUUAUUACCACGCCUUAAACUUAUUUUUCAUCUAGAGCUAUAUAUGAUAAUCGCCCCAUUUUUGCAGUCAUCACUUUUCGCAACAGCGAGCUUUUUAACGCAGCGUCAUAGCUGCACAGCAGCAUUAGCUCGCUGCACAGUUUAAACCGAACUCUACGUUAAUUGUACAUAGACCGUUUUACGGACAGUUUUAGGAAUUGGCAGCUUUUUCCCUUAGCUACGCUGACAACACAUUCAAUUAUAAUUUAGCCCAAUCCAGUAAGAUUUGAAAGUGACGUAGUAAUCCUAAUCUACAUCUGAAUCUACAGCAUCUAAGUAUAACCUACCAUUCAUUGAAUACGGACUAUUUUUCUUAGAGGACUCGCAUAGCACGGUAGCCUGCUAUCUUUCAUAGUCACACCGUUACAUCCACAGAUGCGCAGUUUUUCCACGUUGUGUUAUAUUAUCGCUUUAUCUACUAAUAUUGGUGUUUACAGCCAUACUAUUCAACCACUAAUUAACAAAACUCUUGCGACAGUCUUGUGUUAAGUAAGUUGCCAACGCCGUUGUGAGAGCCUUUUACAUUUUGCAGUGCCAUUUACCAACUCGCACAGAGCCAAAUGCAAUUUCCAGCGUUUGCAUGGAGGUGCACAGGCAACAUAAGGCCUCUUUGUAUGUCCUAUGCCGGGUGAUGUGUGGCUGCUAUGCCCGAAGGUCACGGUAACAUUUGUUUCUGUUUGUGUCACUGUUCACUCCCUCAUUAAGGAGUCGGCAUAUGAAUGUAUCAAACCAACCAACUUUGUGUCUCUUGUCUUAUGCUUCACAUUGGGGCUCUCUUCUGCUUUGGCAGGGAGGCGUUUUGAUUGAUUGUGACCGAAGAAGGCUUGUCUUCACUGAGUGUUGUCCUCCAGCUGUGCUUGCCUGUCAGAAUCUGUCAGCACCAUAGAACACUCAUUCUUCAACUAAUCCUCCCAGAGAUACAGGUCCAGUGGUGUUAAAGUGACCCAUGCCUCAUGCCAGUGAAAUAUUUACUAGAGAUGUCAGCUGCUCAUCUGGUUAAAUUAAUUAAGGAUAUGUUUUUUUUAAGAAUUUGUGUGUUGCCUGCUUAAUGCUAUCAGGUUCUUGAAUCUUGACUCCAUGCUGGGAUAGCCUUUCCGCUAUGCACUGCUUCAGUGGAAGUAACCAUGUGGGUGGGAUCUGACAAGCACAUUCUUUUGCACAGUACUGCAUGAUAUUGGGAGACAUAGAAAGCAGCAAACCGAAAUCAAGCGCAAUAUCUUCUGGAAAUCAGGCAGCCCAUUUCUAUUUGAACUAUAAUGAUUUCUUUUUUAUUUUGUAUGUAUAGUAAUGCUUUUCAGUUAAUGAAGCCUAACUAUAAUUGGUGGAUUGCAAGAAAUAUACAAAGUUACCAUCAGUGCAUUCAUGAAAUUAUGGCAAAAGGUUACCAGCAAUACAUUCAUGAACUGAAUUGUCAUUCUUUGACAAAUUCUGGCUGAUUUUGCAGAUGAUGGGCAACUUGUUUUGGUGUGUGCUGUUGCACACAUGCAGAUCGUUGGGAUAAUGGUCUGUCAGUCAGAAGUUAUUUAUGCUGUCUUGUCAGGAGGAAAAGAUUUAGUAGAGCGGGCACUUUGAGGCUGCGAUCGCGGGGGUGUCACCACAAGUAAAGAUCACUUUCACCCACAGCUCAGCCCCCCUCUCCCCACCACACCCCCACCCUCCCCUCCCCUCCCCUCCCCUCACAUCCCAUCCCAGCCCAAGAGUGUGGGCUUCUUCACGCUUCAGUGCCCCCCUCAGUGCCCCCCUCCUCGUCUCACUGUCCUGGCUGCAGUGGAGCUGCAUGGGGAAACGGCCGGCCCGGAUCAGGAGAACAGAUUGGGAUUAUUUUCUUGCUGUGUGCUCCCAUGACUCCUGUGUGGCUGCCUAGCUCCCCCCCCACCACCUCCUCUGCCUUCCCACCAUCCGCUGCCAUCUGCAUUCUUGAAUUUCCCCUUGAGGAUCAAUAAUGUAUCUCUAUCUAUCUAUCUAUCUAUCUAUCUAUCUAUCUAUGCUUUUUUCUCUAGCUAGUUUUUGAGGUUUUACACAAAGUUCACACACCUUUCUUAUGGGUGCUCACAGCUGAGAAGUGGUCACACAGGAGAUUAUAUAGCAUACUUGGUUUGUGUUCAGAUGCUUUGUUGCUGUUGAUGUUUUAAAAAAGUUUCCCUUCACAUAGGUUAGGAUACUUGGAUUUUGUACAUCAUAUGAAAAAAAAAAUCCUGAUUAGAUACCAUGGCUUUAAUUUACAACUGCCAUUAGUGAAGUAACCUCCACUGGUAUUGAAAUGUGAGUAUCACCCCUGGUAGAUUUCACUGUGCCAAAGAUCAGUGGGAGUUGUGAUAGCUGUUGAUCGUUGAAGCGUGCUGGAUGUCAAUCCAGUGAGGAGGGCUUCCAAUCCCCCAUUACCCCCCCCCCCCCCCCCCCCCCCUCCAGCUAGCUGAAUCAGCAGGCAUGCAGUCACGUCAUGCCUUUUGAAUACCUGUUCCUGCUAACGGCAUUUGCUAAAUGCCCACUAGGAAGCCGGCCUGGCAUGAGAGGGCAGAUUAUUUUGUUAUUGUGAAUGCCACGGCGCUGUCAGUCUGCAUUUGAAUGUGUGACUGGGCCCUAAUGGGCUCCGAGGGUGAGUUGGGACGUUGGGACGCUGCUCCCAACCCUAACCCCACCCUAACCCACUCACGACCCAUGAAGCAUCCUCAAAAGCCCGCAUUGUUCCCACUCCAUUCGGUAAAGGUGAUCGGCUCUAGCUGUGUUGAUGAAGCAGAGACUAGGGGAAAAAUCCAAGGCUGCGUUUGAAAGGGUCACUCUUGAAAGGGUUACUCUCCUCUGGUUUAAAUCCUCAUGUUUGGUCACAAACACACACUGGACUAAUCCAUGCUGGACAGAAUGAAUAUUCAGUCGAGAUUAAGGAACCCACUGACCCCCGAUGCAUGCUUGGCUAUUGAGAAUAGCCAGCUCUUGUUCAUUAGUUUAAGGGCCAAACAAAAUCAUUUGGACCGUGCAAGUGGAUUUGCUCCCAUUGUGUCUCACCAGACCCAUUAGCGCGGUGAUUCUUUCCUUCCAUGCUGUGAGUGCAUUUAUCCUCAUUAAGCCACAAAUCGAAGAAAAUGUAUUCAGCUGGAGGGUACUGUUUAACCAAGAGGAGAGGAAUUAGCAUAGCAAAGCUUAUCGAUAAAUUAAAUAAUAAUAAAUUUUCUGCUGAAAUAUGAAUCUUAUUUUUUGGCCUUUUCUUGCUUAGAUUUUGUAAAAAUUAUCAAGAAAUAGACACCAAUGAAUAGUAGGUACUAUAACAAGAAAAUAAGUCUGAGGUUAUUUGCAAGGUAUCUGCCAGCCUGUUUAUGUUAUGUUAGCAAGCGAACUUCCCACAACUGCCCACAAAGUACUGCUUGCUGGCAAAGUGUUGAUUUCAAAACGUUACUGACAAAUCAACACUCUGCAAUCGGAUAACCCCGUCAUUGUAACCAAAAUAUGUCUGAGUUUAUUUGCAAAGCUAAUGUCAGUGAACUAGCAUGUUGCUACUCCCCACAGUAGGCUACUUGAAGCAGCUGGCUCAACACACAGGGCCAGUGGACCAAUCACAGUCCUUGUAGUCUGCAUCGCCUCAACGCUAGGUUAAAUAUUUUUGGAGGUGUGCGUCAGGCGACGGCGGAGGGCUUGGUUGGGGUACACGCCGACGUGGAGGGCUCUGUGGGACUAUGUUGUUGAUUCGAUGCAGAAGCAUACAACGGCCUUAAUACAUGACAGUCAUCUCACUGAAGAGGUGUAGACAGACUUGUGUUUUAGGAUGACAUUCACUGUUGGUAACCCUCUGUCUUCUUCAAUUUUAACUUGCCUUCAAGUUACAUCAGUGGUUUUAUCAGGUAAUAUAAUUAAAAACUUGGAUAGAUCAGUAAGAAUCUAAGAAAAUAACUAGAAUAUGUUUCCUCUUAGGAGGUGGAGUGUAUUGUAAUAUGGUCUGUGUGUGUGUGUGUGUGCGCAUGCAUGCUUGAUAACAUGACUUCAAAAGUACCGGUUCGAAUAACCUUGGGUUUUCCAGAUUUACCACAUCUUCAUGAUCCAGAUGCAGGAUUAUUUUCUAUGUUGCAGUUCUUUGUCAGAAAAAUGCUGUAAUAUCUCAGUUUCAGCAACUUAAAGGAUCACUAUCGUGCUAUCAUAACUAAUUUUCAUAGCUGCACCCAAUUAUUUGUUUUAUUCCCUCUGUGUGAUCACAAACUUCAGCUGCUGUGUUUUAAGUUUUAUGUUUAUUCAUAUUUACACAUGACUUAAGUGUCUACAGUCUAAGUGGAACUGGAUUUUAUAUUGUUUAUUCUGGGGCUGUACUGUAAUGGUGUUUAUCUUUUGGUAUUUAUCUACGCCCUGCCUGCAGGAUAUUUUCUGGACUCAAAAGCAUAUGGUGAGUCCAAAUGAGGGGUCAGGAAGGGAAUGAAUUGGAAAUGGGGACGUGGACUUAACCUCACCCAUCUUCCCCUCCUCCUCUCCCAGUGGUGCCAGGAGACUGUUUCGGCAGGCGGCCUCGGGACCCCGGCGCCGCAGGACCGGAGGGUGUUGUGACCGCGACUGAGCCGAUCCUCCCCCUCCCCCCUUUCCCCUCCCCUCCCCUCGUCCCACGCCUCACACCCCUGCCCCUCGGCUGUUGUGUCUGGGAGUGGCGUCCGUUGCCCUGACACCCCUCACUCCACAUCCGCCUCCACCAUGGCCCGGGAGCAGCCCAACGUGGGGGACCUGCUCCCUCUCCUGGAGUCCUCCGACAUAAGUCAGCUGGAGGAGAUCAAGGGGCUCAUCAACGAACACCUCAGCUCAGAGCGAGGGUCGGUGCUACUUAACAGUCUUGUGGACUACUUCCUGGAGACCAACUCUUCCCAGGCCAUGCACAUCCUGUCCUCAGUGCGAGAGCCACACGAUAAGCACCUUCUGGAUAAGAUGAACGAGUGUAUGGCCAAGCACUCGUGCAGGUUGCCCACACUCAGCCUGCUGGGGCACGUCGUCAGGAAGCAGCCGUCCUGGAUCCACAAGAUUGCCCGCUACCCCCUGCUGCUCUCGCUCCUCAAAUGCCUCAAGACGGAUACCGAUGUGGUGGUGCUCAUAACUGGAGUCUUGGUGCUCAUCACUCUGCUCCCCAUGAUCCCCCAGGCAGGAAAACAACACCUGUAUGAGUUCUUUGACAUAUUUGGACGAUUGGCAUCUUGGAAUCUCAAGAAUCCCGGCCAUGUGUCAGAGGUGUACCUUAUCCAUCUGCAUGCGAGCGUGUACUCUUUAUUCCAUCGGUUGUAUGGCAUGUACCCCUGCAACUUUGUCUCGUACCUGCGCUCCCACUACAGCAUGAAGGAGAACGUGGAGACCUUUGAGGAGGUGGUGAAGCCAAUGCUGGAACAUGUUCGCAUACACCCAGAAUUAGUGACUGGAACCAAGGACCAUGAGCUGGACCCAACAAGAUGGAAGCGCUUCGAGGUCCAUGAUAUCGUUAUCGAGUGUGCCAAAGUGUCCCUGGACCCCAAGGAGGCGUCAUGUGAGGAGGGCUAUGCCACCAUGCCCGAGCACUUCAGUGCCCACCUGCAGCUGCGCCCGACAGACUGCACUGCCAGCCCCUACACUGACUUCCAGAGCAGCUACGGCAGUUCCUCCUCCACCCAGUUCUCCACCCCUCGCCAGUCGGGCCCCCCGCCCCAAUCCCUGCCCCCGCUCUCAGGGACCGUCUGCAGGAGCCCACCCAGCAUGCAACGCCAGAACUCUAGCUGUGAAUAUAACUCCACGUAUGGCAUGAAGGACCCACUCUGGAGCCCCUCCUCCCUGUGUGGCAUGGCUACACCCCCUUCCUCGCGUGGCAUGUCGCCCAACCCAGAGCUAUCCCACAGUGCCUCUCACCUGCCAAGCCGCGUCCAGAACACCUCGGCUGGAGGGAAGGGCACCCCGUCCUCCAGCACUCCAGCAGCUUCCUCCCCUCCCCCGUCCCUCUCCGACGACUUCCCACCCCUCGCCCUGGCCCAGACGGCCAGCCCCCCAUGCAAGGAUGGCAAACCUGGAGAGUCACACAAACACCACUUGGUCAGACAGGAUCCCAUCAGAGAGCUGGACAAAGGAAGCGCAGAAGUGAACAACCACAGAGAUGGAGCAGGUAAGGGCUCGUCCAUGACCCUGACGGAGCUGUCUGUCUACAUGAAAGAACAGGAGCAGCUACGCACGGAGAAGGAGCGAGAGGAAGCUGCCAUCAAUGAGGAGCUGCUGAAGCUGACGGAGGACAAGCAGGAGUCCUCGGCCCUCCGUGGCUUUGACUCGCCCUUCCUCCGCACCACAGAGACACUGACCAACGCCGUGGACGAGAAACCCGGCUCCGGCCCGACCUCCUCCUCCUCCUCUUCCCGCGACGGCCCCCUCCAUCCUCUCCACCCGCUGCACCUUCACAAUGCCACCUCCACGCCCACACCCUCCCAGGAGAAGUCUGGCGGCGGCGGCGGCAGUGGCAGAUCCAGCCGGGCGGGAGGCAGCCGCGGCCCCCCCUCCCAGGACGGGUCCCUUCCUUGGGCCUUCCAGCCCGUCUUCACCCCCAUCGAGGCUCCGGGGCCUGGCGGCGGCGGCGGCGGCGGCGGCGGAGGAGUUGGAGGAGGCGACCACGUGGUCCAGCGCAGCCCGUGCACCUCCACCACCACCGAGGAGGACGCCCUCAAGCUCGGCCUGCUCUCCCCCAGCCCCUGCCGCCCCGCGGCCGCGCUGCCCUACGAGGCUCUCUUCGACCUGGCGCUACCACGUGCUGCCUCGCUCUUCGUCGCGAGGAAGACGCUGGAGGCCACUCAGAGGGCCUCCGUGGAGAGGAGAGGGCAGAAAGGAGGAGGAGGAGGAGGAGGAGGCGGAGGAGGAGGCGGCGGCAGCAUUCUAGGAUUUGGGUUUGGGUUGGGGGAGGAAGAGGAGUCCGAGUUGGGAAAGCUGGUGCUGACAGACGGGGAGGCGGACGGAGAGUUGGGGCUGGGCGAGGGGGAGGCCGAGGGGGAGCUGACCACAGCCAUGGCCUCCCCCCUGGAGGUGCUGGAUCGCCUCGUGCAGCAGGGGAACGACGUCCACGACAAGGUGCUAAAGAGAUUACCUUUGCCAAGCAAAUCAGCUGACUGGACACACUUUGGAGGCUCGGCGCCUCUGGACGAACUGCACACGCUGCGCAGCCAGCUGCUCCUGCUGCACAACCAGCUGCUGUACGAGCGCUACAAGCGCGAGCAGCACGCCGUCCGCAACCGCCGGCUGCUGCGACGCAUCAUCAAUGCCACCGCACUCGAGGAGCAGAACAACGCCAUGAAGGAGCAGAUGAACCUGCAGGGUGUGGAGAUGCUGUCGCUGCGGGAGAGCCUGACCGUGGAGCAGCAGCGCUACAGGCAGCUGUGGGACGACAGGGAGACCCUCGUCACCAGACUCCACAGCCAGGUCCGCCAGCUGCAGCAGAGCCGGGACGAUCACUACACCAAGAACCAGGAGCUGCAGAGUAAACUGCAGGAGUGCCAGAAGCAGAUGGGUGAGAUGGAGGCGGAGCUUCAGAGAGCCAACAACAAGGUGUGCCACACUGGGCACCUGCUCAACCAGCUGACUGCCAAGCUGUUGACGAGCGAGAGCACCCAGCAGCAGAUGAGUUUCCUCAGCAAGCAGCUGUUGCUGCUGGGAGAGGCCCACAAGCUGUGUGUGCAGGAGCUCCAGCACUCGGGCCCCGACACCACUAAAGAGAAGCAGAUGCUGCAGUUGUCCAGCAGUAAGGAGGCGGAGCGUCUGCGCCAGAACCUGCUCUCCCAGGCCCAGAAGCUGGAGGCGGCCCAGCAGCGCGCUGCGGAACUGGAGACGCAGCUUUCCAAGAAGGAGCACCUUAUCGCCGAGCAAAAGAAGUUCCUGGAGGACGUCAAGCUGCAGGCCAAAGGGGAACUGCAGGCCUCAGAGAGCCGGUACCAGGCGCAGCGGCAUGUGACCCAGGCCCUCCAGGCCGAGCUGCUGCAGCUCUACAGCCGGCUGGAGAUGGAGGCUCCUGCCAACACCACCAACUCUCCAGCAGGGGGCAGCACCGAGAUCUACGGCCCCACAGAGGCCAGUGUCUCCAUCCCUGACUGCCUGGCCAAGGCCACCACCAAAGAGGGCCCGGGCGUCCAGCCCUCCCCUCCUCCGCGCAAUGGCAACGCCAGCACUUUAUCGCCCGGGCAACCCAAGGCCAAGCCCUCCCCGUCGUCCUCCUCGUCCCCCUCCUCUUCCUCAUCCGCCUCCUCCGCCACUUCCUCGGCCACCAACUCCGUCAACGGCAGCCGCGACGGCCCCCAGCCUCCCCCUCAGCUCCUGGAGCCCCCGUUGUUGGGGCUUCCCCCCCGGGGCACCAGCGCCCACGACGAGCCCCUCACCGUGGGUUCCUACCCCAGCGCCAAGAGCUUCCUGGGCAUGCGCGCGCGUGAGCUCUUCCGCAACAAGAGCGAGAGUCGCUGCGGAGAGUCGGAGGAGAUGGAGGACCUGGAGGAGGAGAACGAGGGAGAGGAAGGCGAAGGUGGCGGCGGUGGAGAAGGAGAGGACGGGCUGGGCCGACUUGGAGGAGGAGGAGGUGGAGGAGGAGGUGGGGGCCGGGUGCGUGCCUCCCCGCGCCGCCUCACCAGCCUCUCCCAAGCGCUGAAGAACGAGCUGUGCAUGGAGCCUCCGUCGCCUGGGCCCGACUCGCCACCACCACCCGCCAACCCCCACAAGCAGCAGCAGCAGCAGCAGCAGCAGCAGCAGAAACAGAAACCGAAACAACUAGAACCACAGCAGCAGCAGUUGCACCCACAGCAGAAGCAGCAGUGCCCAGGUCAGGGCAGUGCCAACCCCGCCACCCCCCCCUCCUGCCUCGGCCCCUGUUGCGAGCACUCCGAGCCCCGGGCCCCGGUCCUCGCCCGCCAAGCAGGCCCUGCAGAGGGCCAACAGUCGGGAGCGGUCGGGGGUCGGGCCCGGGGUGGGCUCGCCGGCCAGCGCUGGACGGCCCAGACAAAAGCAGCUGAAGAUCAUGGACUACAACGAGACCCACCAGGAGAGCAGUUAAGAAAGACAGACUGAGAGACAGAGAGAUGGAGUGAAGGAGAGGAAUAAAAGAGAGAGCGAGAAAGAGAGAGAGAGAGAGAGAGAGAGAGGUAGAGAGAUGAGGGGAGGAGGUACUGAGUUACUGAGUGACUGGAAGGAGAAACGAAGCUGAAGUGAGUGAUGGAGAGAACUGCUGGCUUCUACCAGUAAAAGAGCGUUUAAGACUUUUUUUGAUUUUCAGUGUUAUUUGUUCCAUUCCCUCGAGUGGACAACAGGAUUUUGGACUAUCUUCCUUUUGGCUUCUUCUCUGUUUAUUUGUCAUGAUCUACCUUAAGAAAACUGGAAAACAAAUGAUGGAGGAUUCACCUCGUGCAGUCGCAAGUGUUCACCAGCAGAGGGCUCUCAGUGUUCCCAUCAUUUGCCCACCCCCCCCCCCCCCCACCCCCCAUCAAGUCCGUUCUCACAGACCUCUGCACUCAGCUGAACACUUAGCUUUUAGUGUUGCCAUCCGUUAGCCAUUUUAGAGAACAAUAAGCUUUUUACUACAACCUGUCCACAUCAAGACAACAGACACGGUAUGUGCCCUGACUACAGCCACUAACAACAGUGGGAAAAAGUGCCAGGUUCUUUCGAGCAAUAUCUCACUUUGAAGGAAUCAAGGUUCUUGUUGGGCACUGAUGAUUUGCUAUUGAAGGUGAAUGUCAAGUGUGUGUUUGGUCAUCGUGUUUCACACUUUUUUUCAGGCACCCCCAUUAAAAUCCAAGUAACGUUAGAAUGUCAAGUACAACUAAAUCAAAGACACUCAUAUCAUGCAUAUCUGUCAUCUGUGUGUGUCUUUGCCAAUAUCAGUGAACAUAUGAAGGUCGUUGUGUGUGUGUGUGUGUGUGUGUGUGUGUGUGUGUGUGUGUGUGUAUGUGUAUGUGUAUGUGUUUGUCCUUCCAUUGUGUAAGAGUUUAGAAAGCGGAAUUUUCAGGAGUGAGGAAGUGCAGAGGCGAUUUUUUUUAUUAAGCUAGUUUUAAAUUAUUUAUUCUCUUGUCACAUGCUUUCCUGCUGCCUUUGUAUACCCAUUGUGCAUGCUGAAUUCUGCUCGGAGAGAGAGGUAGGUCUUCAAGGUGCACUAAAUGAACUUUGGUUCACUAAUAAGGUGCUGAAUGUGCUAGAAGUAGAAUUGAGGAGAUGGCCAAUGUCAGGACACGGAGAACCCUUUUUCCCCCGUUUCACAUAUCUUGAGCACAGCUGUUAAUGUAGAUCUCUUCCUCCCACCAACACACUAAGCAAUGUUGACACCAAGCAGCAGAUAUCACACCAGAACACAAUGAGUGAUGCAACCGCAGUUGUCUAGUGAUUCGUGAAGCUAAACUGCUGCUGAGCCAGUUGCUUCCAGGCUCAUGGAACAUUGCUAGUGAAAGGAAUGAUCCCUUUUGUGAGACUAACCCCAUCAUUUACCCACAGUAUGCCAUGUUACCUACCGUAAUUUUGUAUUGUCCAGUCUUUCCCUAAUUUAACCCUUGGUUAAAUACUGCUUUGGCCUUUGCCUUCAGAGCAAAGCUAUUCCGUUGCCUUCCCUGAUGUUUUGCCUUUAGAACGCAUACUGGCUCACACAGAUUAUUUUUUUGUUUUGUUUUGUUUUUAAACGAUGGCAUCAUGGUGUGUUAAGUAUUUCACAAUUCUGCGUGAGAAGUGCCAAACCAUGACAUGCUGCUGAAGAGGUACUUAAGGCGAGGGAACGCAUACCUUAAAAGUAUGAGCUAUCAUUUCAGUUUUCUUUUCUUGUUAGAAAAGAAUCAUGUAGAACCUUUUUUAUGCACAUAUCACUUUUGAGUUGCAUCGCUCUCUGAUUGCACAGAAGGCCAUGAGCUAAUUCACUCCUUUCUUUCUCCUUUCUUUCUUUCUUUCUUUCUUUCUUUCUUUCUUUCAUUCUUUCUUUCUCUCCUACUCAUAAAGACUUGCAAUGGGAUGCGCUCACACUGAUUAUUGUGACGCUCACUUUGUCACAUUUCACUCACAUGCACUCUUGUCUUUCCCAUCACUAUGCUGCUGAGCAUAUGGAGCAUAGCUCAGAUCAGAUGUGCUGAGGUGGAACACACACACACACACACCAAACAUAUCUAAUACAUUAUUUCAGUCAACACAUACUAAAAGGGUGUCUGGUGUUACCUCCUUUUACUUGCUUCUCUGCUGUUUUCCUUUUGCUGUGAACAGAAUGUGAAAAGUCUUUUUGUCUGUCUGCCCAGUUGUUUUAAUGUCCAAAAUCCUGUUGUCCACCUGAAGCCUCUUUCAGUCCUUCUGCCUUGCUAUCUAAAGCAUGUACAACAAUCCACUUUAAACGCCAACCAUAGGAAAUACAACAUACCAAGAUAAAAAGGUACAAUCAGUGAAAAAUUGACUGGAGAAAUUGAAUGGGAGCUCCUUUACUGGAGAUGGACGUUACGAAUAAAGAGGAAAAAAAGGUUUGGAGGGGGACAAAGUUCUUAAGAAAAAAAAGCAGUUGCUUGUGUUAACUGUGAACGAUUAAAAAAAGAAAAGAAAAAUGAAAUAAAAAAAAUUGUCUUCAAUGUUUUGCACUACA